UUUAAAAUGAACGUAUUAACGUAUUUGAUUGUCUCUUGGGUGUAAUAAGCACAUGGUAUAAACUGAUAUACUCAUGAACAGACAGAAUUUUAUCCAAAACGAUGUAUGUGUGUGUAUCAAUCAUUACUACGAGCAUUUAGUGUGUUGGCUGUUGGAUGAUUGUGCUGACUGUUGUGGUCAACAAUUUUGUUUGUGCAUUAUUAUUCGGACAUUAAUUUAUUACUUAUUGUAUGCGAAGAUGGCAACUGUUCAAAGGGAGACUUGUACUCUAGAAGCAAAUGUCCUAGAAAACGCUUUAGAAUUUUCACUACUUGAUCUCUUCGUUCCUUUAGAGAAUAUGGAAUCUUCAAACUGCAGUAAAUAUUAUGAUGAAGUUCAGAAAAAGGAAUAUCCAUUCCUCAACGGUGACGACAAGUUCUUAGACAGUAUCAUUAAAGACAUCUUUAAUAACGACGACCACCUAUUAGAAGAAUCUAUAUCCGAUGAGAAUUUUUCUCACUUUGACGAUCUCAGACUCUUUGAUUCAAGCAGCAUAUCGGUAUUAGGAGUAAAUCUGGACUUACAUUCCAAUGAAACGAAAUCCAAAGAAUUAGAUUUAUUUGACGACUGUAUUAACCUAGAUCUUGAUCUAGAAAUAACUAAUUCUAGAGUUAAUGACGUGCUCCCCCUGCCAUUCGAAAUCAAUAUGGAGAAUAACCCUUCUGAACCUUUGGGUAUCUUCGAAAUGUUUCCACACAUGAACGACGAGAGAAAUAGAAGGCGACGGAACCUCCUCUACGAAACCACGUGUAAAAAGACACCGAAAGAUCCUCCGAGUGAAGGUAAACACUUUGUCCAGAGUCCUCAUGCUUUAAUCACCCACGACUAUACUCAGAAAAGAGAAGAAGAUAAAUAUUUCUCGUGUCCCAUUGCUAACUGUGAAAAAGUAUACGCCAAAGCAUCUCAUCUCAAAGCUCAUCUCAGGAGACACUCCGGGGAGAAACCAUUCAUCUGCAACUGGUUGAACUGCACUUGGAGAUUUUCAAGGUCUGAUGAACUCGCUAGGCAUAAACGUUCUCACUCAGGAGUUAAACCUUACAAGUGCGAACUUUGUGAAAAGGCUUUUGCAAGAUCUGACCAUCUGUCUAAACACAAAAAAGUCCAUAAGAAAAAAAUGAGUCAAUAUGGAACAUACCACAUAAGAAAACGUGCAAGAUAUAGUGUGUUAGGGGAGAUAUAGUACUGAAUAAACUUAAGUGACUUUUUCAAAGAUAUUGCUGGUCAAAAAUCCGGACACCUUCAAAUUUUUAAUUUUGGUUCUAAUAAUAUUGCAAUGAAACUAAAAAAUUUUAAGUAGGUAAAGUAAAUUGAUUUCUUAGCAUUAUUCUAUGGAUUCAUUGCUUUGGACUGAAACAUUAAAAUCCCUGAUAGUUAAAACAUUAAAAUCACUGAAACAUUAAAAAGUUCCUGAUAGUUAGGAAUUUAGUUUUUGUGACUAUUGUCAGUCCUUAAUGUAAUUAAUAAAUUACUUUUGCUUGUGUAAAAUGAGACCUGGUCUGAGCAAAAGUAGUGAUUAUUUAUUUUAAUAGUUUUCUAGAUUGCCAUUGCCUUAAAUUUAACCUGUAAGAAUUUAAAAAGUGCUGUGCGUGAUUCGUUUAUAAUAACUAAAAUUGAUCCUAAAACAGAAGAAAAUCGUCAGCUCAAACAGGAUGUACCCGUAACGCUUCAAACCCCACAUCGUUGUUUUUUAUAUACUUUUAAACAAUUUCAAAUAUUUUCGGAAAAAAUAUUGGAACAAAAUCCAAUAUUGAUUAGUCUGAUAGAUAGAUAGAUUUCCUGCAACAACAGUCUGCAAUCGAUUAAGUACAAGAUAAUUAAUUUUAAUAUUUAUCAUCUCAAAUUAAAUGUCAUAUCUAUCUAUAGCCCCGAAGACUGGGGCUAUAGAUAGAUAUGGCAUUUAAUUUAAGGACGGACAUUUAACAAUUAAGGAGGAAUGAGAGGCAUUCUACGAACAGUUGCAAACCAUCCUGGAUUAAAUACCUCAUGAAGAACCCUUAAUUCUUAUGGAUGACUUUAAUGCACGAAUCGGAAAUGAAAUAGUUCCAGGAAUAAAACAAAGAUUAAAUGAAAACCAUGUCAACGCAAAUGGAGAACUCAUGGCUAAUAUCUUUGCUUUUAAUGAACUGAAAAUCAAUAAUACAUUUAAUGUCCGACUGGUAUAUUAUUUGACAAAUAAUGACAUGAUUUCGAAGUCAGUUAAGUAUGAUAUAUAAUGCCCUAGGCCCCUGUUAGACCCCAGCAUUAAAUUUAAAUAACUAGUUAAAUACUGUAAAGUUGACAAAUAACAACCUAAGUAAAACUACGGUUACCACAAUUACGUUACGACUAUUGCUGGUAAAUGUACUUAUUUAAAGACUAAUUAAUUCAAAAUUCAUUCAAAUUUUUUGCAUAUAAAAAAUAAUUUAGUCGGACAUUAAACGUUGAAGGCACCACGGGUAUUAUACAUAAUAACGCUUUCGGUCAACGUAUAUCCCUCGGGCCAAAGGCCCUCGGUAUAUACACCAUUGACCUCAAGCGUUCUUAUCCUUAUAAUACCCUUGGUACCUUAAUAACUAUUUCGACUAUAAGCUUCAGUAUAAAUAUAGGUACGUUUGAAAACUCCAGAGGGCACAAAUCUAUGAUUGAUUUUUUAGUCACUAAUAGAAAAAUCCACCCAAAGCAGAUUCUAGAUAUUCUAACUUUAAACUCAGCAGACGCAGGGAGUGAACACAACCCAGGCAACCAAACGACGUUUUUAUAACGUAGAUAACACGUCAUAAAAAUGACCAAUUGACGUGUUUCUGUGACGUAGUAGUGACGUUGAAAAUCACGUGUAUUUGUCUCAUCGAUUUGACGUCAUAAUUGUGACGAUUUUAAAACGUAAUCGUAUCUACGUUUUUUUCACGUCAGUAAAAUCACGUCUUUAAUACUUUCAAAAAGUGACCUCUUUCAGAUGUUUCAAAAUAGUAUAAAAAAUAGGUACAUAACAUGAAACCUAUAGGCCUACGUCCCAUGUGUCGAAGAUAUAAGUGCUACCACUUGUUUAGAUCGCUUGUGCGCUAGGCUAGAAGCAACAUUGAUUCUGCAUGCUUUUACCAGCCCUCACAUUAUAGAAUUUUCACUAGUUAUAAUAUACCUACUUACUGUGUCAAAACUGAAACAACUAAAAAUAUGAAACUAAUAAAUAAUUUAUUAACAAAUUAUCCAGCAUACUUAAUAUCUUAAUUUAACGCUGUCUUAAUACCUUCAUUUAACGCUUAAUUAAAAACAAAUAAACAUAACCUCAGAUAGUUGACAAGAAGAAUUACUGCAUUAAACUAACUCACUGAGCAAAUACGCAUAAAAAUCUCUUAAUUAACACGUUUCUUUAACUAAAUAUAUAAAUGAAAAAUAUUAUUUUAUCACACAAGACACAAACCGCCUAAACAAUAAAUGAGAAAUUUCUUAUGAACAUUUAGCGUUACCUAUACCUAAACAAAAUUGUUUGGAGUCAAUACAAACAAGCAAGCUACUCCCAAUUUUGUGACGUCAGACUUAGGCUGUCUGAAAUUAAAACGUUUUUUAAACGCAAUUUUAACGUCAUUAAUCUUACGUAUUUAAAAUCACCUACAAAAGACGUCUAUAUGACGUAAUGUUCAAACACGUGUUAUAUUCAACCAAAAACUGACGUUUUCUCAACGUUAUAUGACGUCACUUGGUUGCCUGGGAAACUAGUCCUAGCAAAAAUAAAAAUGAAACUGACACCAAAACAUUUUCUACAGGAACUCACCGAGGAAAAAUUCAAUGUAGAAUCACUGUGGAACGACUCUACAAAAGAAAUGUACCAAAAGAGGCUAGAAUAGAAAAUACAGCUGAAACAAAUAGACGACAUGGAAGAUAUAAAGGUGAACUGGGAGAAAAUUAAAAACAACAUUGAAGAGGCAGCAACAGAAGCUCUAGGAAUGGUUCAGAAAAGAAAAAAAAAGAGAAACGAGAGGCCUACUCGAAGUAUAAAACAUCAAAUACUCCAGAAUCCAGAGACACCGAUAGAAGAAAACGAAAUGAAACAAAGCAGUUGGCAAGAAGAACAAAAAUGAACACUGGGAACAUUUUACAAAAAGGAUGGUACAGAAAAAUAAAUAUGGAGAUUCAUAAGAAACCAACGGAAAGAAAUGGCAGAAUUGAAGGAAUACAAUAACAUAACAGCAAAAGAAUGGGAAAGAUACUUGACGGAACUGUUUAAAAGAAAGGAAAAUAAUAAUCAACACAAUAACGUACCUGAAUUAAGACACGAAAUAGAAAUCAGUUUUCAGGAAGUAGAGAUAGCCAUAAAUUAACUCAAAAAUAGAAAGUUACCAGGACCAGACGGAAUAACAAAUCAGAUUCUAAAAGACGGAGGAGAAAGUAUAACCCUAGAGAUGACAAAACGUAUACAAAAACUAAUAUUGCACUGCAAGAUACCAGACGCAUGGAGAAACAGCAUAAUGAUACCAAUGUUCAAGAAAGGAGACAAAGAAGACCCCAACAAUUAUAGACGUAUAAAUCUACUGAACACGGCACUUAAGCUAACCACAAAAGUCUUAACCAAGAAAAUCAAUAAACUAACAACUUUAUCAGAUGAACAACAAGGAUUCUGAUCCGGAAGAUCCUGCGUAGACGCCGUAUUUGUACUGAUACAAAUCACAGAAAAGGCGAUCGAGUACAAUAAACCAGCAUAUUUAUGUUUUAUAGACCUGAAAAAAGCUUUCGAUCGCAUCCAAGUCGAAGACGUCUUACACCUACUGUAUAGAAGAAACAUACCAACCAAUAUUAUACAAACCAUCGAAAACAUCUACUUCCAUAAUCGAAUACAGGCAAAGAAAAAUGGAAAACUAACACAGUUUAUAUAGACCAGGGCGCAUCUGUAAAAAUAUUAGUACAUUUGGACGUUGAGAGGUGACUCAAUUUUUUUUGCAGAAAUUGCUUGAAAAAAAACCCAAAUAAUAAUAAUUGAGUUAUCCUCCCUCUCAAAAAGGUCCGGAACAUUGUUUAAAUAAUCAAAAUGUCAAAAAAUGAAUGAAAAAUUCGAUUUUUUUUCUUCGUUUUUGAUUAUAACUUUAAGAGUAUUCAUUUUCGAGAAAAGUUGUACUGACAUAAAAGUUGCGUAAUUAAAUUUCCUACAAUAUAUAAUUGGUUAAAAAUUUAAAAAAUAGUCAACCUUGUUGCAAAAUAGCAAUAAUUGCGAAAAAACCAUACAAAAACAAGUAUUAGCAUUUUACGUUUUUCAACCAUUUAUGCUAAACUUAGGACCUUCAUAUUUCAACCAGAAAAACUUUAUGAUACAGUAAAACAGUACUGUAAAUUUCAUUAAGAUCGGUUCAAUAGAUUUUGCAAAAUAAAUUUUGCAAUCCAGCUUCCGCAAAAAAAUUCAUUUUUUCAAAAUGUUACAGGACUGAAAAUAAAGCAGAUAGCAAGUUGAAAUUUUUUUGGCGUAAAGAAGUGUACUGUACCUUUCAUUUGCAAUUUGCAAAAUUAAAAUCGAUUAACUACCACGGCGUCAGGAAAUUUUUUAAACAAAAAUUAAUUAUUGGUGCUACGCGCAGGACAGCGGAUAGUUUGCUCUGAUUGGGCAUUCCAAUGACCUUUGAUAAUGAUUGAUACAUUUUAAUUUUUAUUACAUUUCGAUAUAAAUAAAUAAAUUUGUUUAUUGCAAAAUAAAAACAUACACUUUAUCUUUUGAAAUACUUACUUACUUUCCGUGUCCGGAACACCAACAACUUUAAAUUCUGUAUUUCCAAUGGUUGGCCACAUAGAUGGCCCUGUCAUUUGCUAUAAUUAAGUCUUGUUCUGUGCAGGUCUCUCUCAUCUCUGUGCAUGAUAGUAGAUGCCGGCUGGUCUGAACCGCGCCACAGUCGCAGGUAUCGUCCUCCUGGUAUCCCCAUUUUUUCAGGUUACUAGCACGUGAAACGCCGGUUCUUAGUCUGUUUAGCGCUUUCCAAGUCGGAUACGGUAAAUUGUGUCCAGCAGCCAUUUCCUCCGAGGGAGGAAAAUGUGUCGCGGUAGCUGACGCUUGCCAUAGGUGUAUUCGGCGCGUCUCUGGCGCUUCGGGGAUGGAUCUUGAUGUUUUCAGGAAGCUUUUCCGAGAUCUUAGUCUGCUUGGCUGAGUUUGGUGGUAAUAUAAGGGGUGUCUUCGGUCCGUCUCCUGCUUUUUCCGUUCUACCUCUGACGUGACCUUCCUCCUGAUAGGUGGUGGAGCAAUUCCAGCAAUGGGGUAUACCUCUUCGAUAGGUGUCGGUUUCAGGCAACCCGAUAUUAUACGGACCGUUUCAUUUAGAGCCACGUCGACAUUCUUUGCGUGAGCGGAGUUUGCCCAUACUGGUGCUCCAAACUCCGCGGCCGAAAAACAUAAUGCCAAGGCAGAAGUGCGGAGAGUGUGUGGUUGUGCUCCCCAUUUUGUAUUAGUUAGCUUGCGGAUGAUAUUAUUUCUGGCACUUACUUUCUUCUUGACAUCUUGACAGUGGUAUCGGUAAGACAGAGUUCUAUCCAGACGGACGCCAAGGUAUUUUGGCGUCUUGUUGUGUUCCAUCAUCUGACCACGCCAUUCCACCUCCAGCGACCUUCGGGCAAGCUUGUUUCUCAGGUGGAAAGCACAUACCUGGGUUUUUGUGGGAUUGGGUUUCAGAUGGUUUUUAUCAUAGUAUAGAGCUAAGUCUCCCAGGGCAUCUGUCAGUUUCACUUCGACUUCAUUGAAGGUUCUUCCCUGAGCUGCCACCGCUGUAUCAUCAGCGUAAAUAAAUUGCCUUGUUUGUUGGUGUAUGGGGUGGUCGUUGGUGUAUAUGUUGUAUAGAAUCGGCGCGAGGACACUUCCCUGUGGUAGCCCAUUUUUUUGGUCCCUCCACCGACUGUUCUUGGACUGGAGCGUUACGUAGAAGCGUCUAUUCUGGAGGAGACAUUUCACUAACCUUGUUAGUCGGAAAUCCUUUGUAGUUUCAUAGAGUUUUGCGAGUAUUUGAAAUAACACUUUUUUAGCAAAAACUUUCUUUGUUCAUAUAUUUUAACUCAGAGAAUAAAAGUUUAUUAUUUUUAAACAUAUGCAAUUGUUUUAACAAUAUUUCACAAACAAUAAUAAAAUUAGUUUGAUCAUUGUGGAAUUAAAAUAUUAAAAUACAACAAAAUAUAGAGUAAGAAAAUAAUAUAUUAGAUAAAGAUUCGAACAAAUUUUGGUGUAAAUCAACUUGUGUGAAUCGAACACCGCUGUUCUGCGCGUAGCACCAAAAAUUAAUGUUAAUUUAAAAAAUUUCCUGACGCCGUGGUAAUUAAUCAAUUUUAAUUUUGCAAAUUGCAAAUGAAAGGUACAGUACACUUCUAUAAGCAAAAAAAAAUUCAACUUGCUAUCUGCUUUAUUUUCAGUCCUGCAACAUUUAAAAAAAAGAUCUUUUUUUGCGAAAGCUGGAUUGCAAAAUUUAUUUUGCAAAAUCUAUUAAACCGAUCUUAAUGAAAUUUACAGUGUUGUUUUACUAUAUCAUAAAGUUUUUUUGGGUAAAAUACAAAGGUCUUAAGUGUAGCGUAAAUGGUUGGAAAACGUAAAAUGCGAAUACUUGUUUUUGUAUGGUUUCUUUCGUAAUUAUGGCUAUUUUGCAACAAGGGUGACUAUUUUUUAAAUUGUUAACCAAUUCUGUAUUGUAAGAAAUUUAAUUACGCAACUUUUAUGUCAGUACAACUUUUCUCAGAAAUGAAUACUUUUAAAUCUAUAAUCAAAAAACCAAUAAAAAAAUCGAAUUUUUCCUUUAUAUUUUGACAUUUUGAUAAUUUAAACAAUGUUCCGGACCAUUUUGAGUGGGAGGAUAACUCAAAUAUUAUUAUUUGAGUUAUUUUCAAGCAAUUUCUGCAAAAAAAUUUGAGUCACCUCUCAACGUCCAUCUCAAAACAGAUGCACCCUGGGCUAAUACCAGUACAAAGCGGAAUCAGACAAGGUGACUCGUUAAGCCCACUGCUCUUUAAUAUAAUAAUGGACGAAAUAAUAAAAACAGUACGUAUAGGUCAUGGUUACAGAAUGGGGAACACAGAAAUCCAAAUAUUAUGUUAGGCAGACGACGCCGCAUUAAUCGCUGAGACAGAAGACGAUCUCCAAAGAUUAACACACAUCUUCAAUACAACAGCCAAUAAAUACAAUAUGAUAAUAUCAGCAGAAAAACCAAAUGUAUGACAACACCUAAAUACCCACUACGAUGUAAAAUCGAAAUUGAUGGGAAAAUAAUAAAGCAGGAAGCAAGGUUUAGAUAUCUGGGAAUAGAUAUAACUAGUUACGGAGAUGUUGAAGAAGAAGUACGACAAUAAAGCUUAAAAGCAAGUAAAGCGGCGCGGCGGAUCUCUUAAUGACACAAUCUGAAAGAGCAAACACCUAAGUCAAGAUACAAAAGCAAGAAUCUGUAAAGCACCAAUUAGACUUAUAUGGACAUACACGGCGGAUACAAGACCUGACACAUCUAAAACGAGACGACUACUAGAAACAACAGAGAUUAAAAUACUUCGACGAAUAUCAGGAAAAAGUUUGUUGGAUAGGGAGAGAAGCGAAAACGUAAAAAGAGAAUGCAAUGUCGAAGACAUAAAUGGAUGGGUGACAAAACGGAAACAAGAGUGGAACGAACACAUUGGGAGAAUGGCAGAGCAUAGAAUAGUACGAAUAGCACCAGAUAUGUCACCAAAUUGACGAAGAAGUAUUGGCAGACCAAGAAAAGAUGGUGCGAUAAUUUAGUUAGGAGGCUAAUAGUGGAAGUUAGGAGGCUAAUAAUGAAGAAGAAAUAGGCUUUAAAGCCUACAUACAGAAGGCUUUAUCGUCUCAAGAAGAAGAAGAAUUUAUCAUCUCAAAGACGUUUAAUAAUUUAAGUUAAGUAUUUGUACACAAGUAUUACCACCAAAUAAACAUUAAGUAUUAGAAAAGAAUUCAAGCCGAGAAUCAACCUUUGGGAUAGCUUCAUUUAUACUUGGCAAGCUUACUGGUUGAAAGUACAUGUGGCCAUUAAACAUGCCAUAUGUGUAAACAACAGGAAAGUGCACUUGAUAGCACUGUCCUCUUGUUUACAUAUGGCAAGUUUAGUGGCCACAUGAACUUUCAGCCAGUAAACUUGCCAAAUGUAAAUGAGGCUAAUGAUAAAGAUGGCAACUUGCUCACCCAAAGAUGGGUUAAGCUUCAUUUACAUUUAGCAAGCUUACUGGCUGAAAGUACUUGCGGCCACUAAACUUGUCAUGUGUAAACAACAGGAAAGUGCUAGCAAGUGUAUUUCCUGUUGUUUGCACAUGGCAAGUUUAAUGGCGUUACAUUAAAGCAAACCGAAUAAAAUGGGCGGGUCACGUGCUAAGAUCGAGUGACGAAAGACUUCUGAACGCCACAUUCUGGGAAAGACCCAAUGGCAGAAGGUCAGUUGGUCGCCCAAGAAAGAGAUGGAAGGACGCAGUAGCCAGUGAUCUACGCAAAAUGGGAGUACAGCAAUGGGAAAAAGCUGCUCAGGACCGAUAACAAUGGAGGGAAAUAGUAAACGCGGCCAAGACUCACAGAGUUGUAGAGCCAAAAUUUGGCUUUACAACUCAUUUAAUGAUGAUGAUGAUGAAGUUUAAUGGCCACAAGUACUUUGGCCACUCAAGUACAAGUCAUUUGUAUUUGGGUGGUGUCGUUAAUUUUUCGGCAUAGGUAGAAAGUAGUAAAUGCUAAUCUAUUGUACGUUUAAUUAUUAUACCUGCUAUUCAGUAUAUUUACCUCUCGAAACUUCAUGAUGUCACUCAAAUAAAAAUGACUUUGUAAUAAGUAAGUUAAGGUGUCUGCAAUAAUUUGUUGGCAACUAUACACCGUUAAAAUGCAAAUAAGGCAUAAGAUGUUUAGAGUUUUACUCUAAUUUUUACUAUUUUACUGUUUUCAUGCGUAUUAAAAUUGUUGAAUCAUAGUUUAUAUUAAUGCAUUAUAUGCAAUAAUGCAUAGGUAUAUAUGCAACGAUUGCAUAUAUAAUCAACAAUGAUUUCAGUGUCUGCAUUUUUUGUCCAGCAGUAUAGAUCACCUGAUUCAUUUUUUAAACAUUCUUCUUUCAAUUUGUUUCAUGUAAUAUAGUAUUAUUUAUUUAUAA